AUGGAUUGGGUUCGAGGUCAGUUUUUAGGUAGGGGAAACUUCGCCACGGUUAAUUUAGCCACACAUAUAAAACAUUCUCUUAAUUUUUCGUGUAUCACCGCCGUCAAAUCCUCCGAAGAAUACACCUCGCAUUUUCUCCAAAAAGAGAAACAUAUACUAGAUCGUUUAGGUUCUUCCCCGUAUAUUAUCAAGUGUUUUGGUCACGAUCAUACUUUUGAAGACGACCAAGAGUGUUAUAAUAUAUUUCUUGAAUACGCCGUUGGUGGAACACUUUUCGAUCAGCUCAAAAAUCAUGGGGAUAAGUUCUCGGAAACUCUCGUUCGCCGUUACACGAGGUCUAUUGUAGAAGGACUUAAACACAUUCAUGAAAGUGGUUUCGUUCAUUGUGACGUGAAGUUACAAAACAUCCUAGUAUUCGAUCAAGGAAAUGUUAAGAUUUCAUAUUUUGGUCUUGCAAAGGUGGAAGGUUUAGAACAUGGUGAGAAGAAGUUGAAAUGCCGAGUAACUCCUAUUUUUAUGGUGCCAGAGUCGAUUAAUGAUAGUAUUUAUGAGUCUCCGGUGGAUAUUUGGGCUCUUGGUUGCGCUGUCGUGGAGAUGAUUACCGGUAAACCAACAUGGAAUAUGAGUAGCAAGGCAAAUAUGUGGUCGUUGAAGAUUCAUAUUGGGAUUGGGGAAGAGUUACCUUUGAUUCCAAAUGAAUUAUCAGAAGAAGGCAAAGAUUUUCUUAAUAAGUGUUUUGUUAAAGAUCCUUUAAAAAGAUCGAGUCUUGAAAUGCUUUUAAAACACCCUUUUAUUUCGGAUGAUGAAACUCUUUUAUCUUUAAAAGGGUUAAUAAAUAAGUCGCAAUUACCAUUGAUGUCUCCCAGAACUCAUUUGGAUUAUUCUCAAUGGGCUUCUUGUGAAGACUUUACCGAUGAAGACUCCAACAAUUUAUUACGUUGUUACAGAUCAAAAGCCGUAAGGUUGGUUAGUAAAUUAGAAUUUUGA